AUGCUUGUUUCAUCGCAGAAGAGUUUACCGAGAGCUACAGUGGUUUGAGCACAGGGCCUUCCCCCCGUAUGUGCUUUCGCUCUGCGUAACUACGGAUGGUUUGUAAAUGGAGUGUGAGAAAUUUUCCACAAGUCUCCGGAUUUUGCGAAGAAACUGGAUUUUAUAAACCGAGUCGUCGUUUCAAGUCGGCAGAAUGCCGGAUAAGGACACUGAUUUGCCUAGGAAUCUAAGGACAUUAUAGCCAUUAAGACUGGCUUAUUCGGAUUUACCCGAUCGGACUGUUUCUUUGAUCAAGUUGGAUCAUUGUGGAUGAUGGAUGGCCGAGACUUCGGACCCCCCAGAUCUGUGCACGUACCGCCGCCCCUUCUCUCGGGGUUGCCCAUGGAGUCACACCGGCUCAGCGCGGCGGCUGCGGCCGGCAGAAUGCCACCGUCUCCCGGUCAUCUGGGCGCGGGGCACCCGGCGGCUCUACACACUGGAAAAUAUCUCUCAUCGGCCAUGAACCUACAUUCUCACCACAGUGAUGCCUUCCCAGGGGCCUCUAGCCCAUUCCUCAGCGGAUACGUCAGCAGUGCUCAUGGGUCGUCGGAUCCAGCCUUUCGAGCCCCAAACCCAGCCAGCUUGCAAAUGGCCCAGCUCUGGGCUUCUUACCCUCAUGAAGGUUUUCCUCAUUUGCCAAGCAGUUUGUACCCCAGCCAUUACAUUUCCUUGGGCCACCUUGAGCAUCCACAGAUCAGCCAACAUGCUCUCUUUGACUCCCAAAAAGAGGGGUUUUACCUGCCAGGUUCAGUGCACUCCCAGUCUGCAAUGGCCAGGAGCCCAGUGGCUCACAUGCCCGGCUCCUUCUCCAGGGAAAAGGAGGCCCUGCCUCCUCACAAAAGCUCUAAAGACUCGAACAGGGAUCUGGGAAAAGAGAAGCCCUGUAAGAGUGACUUAGGCCACUCCCUCCCAAGGAAGGAACGAGAAAGGCCAAAAGAGGAGUCACGGCCGCACAGUGUGGUGGACCUCACCUUGGAUGUCAAGGCAGAAGAUGAGCGAAGAGUGAGCAACUCUGAGAGGUCUGCGAAAACUGCAGAACACACUUGGCCCUUCUCUCACCAGCACUCGCCUGCUCUGAGCACCAUGGACACUAAACCCAAACAAUCUCACCAGAGUUUACUUGGCAACUGCGGGACAAGCAGCAGCACGCCAACCAGACACCAGAGUACAGAACAGGACAGGAGGGACAGGGACCGAGAUGAAGAAACCAGCCGACCAGGGGGCCACCUUUCCUCCGACAAGCAGAGAAGAUGCGAUUCGGUUGCUACAUCAGCUGGCACUCUGCAUGUGUCAUAUGCCAGUCCCUCUUCUCUGCAGCCCAACCCAUCCCAUCUCCCGCCCAGACUGGUGUCCUCUGGCACCUACCCUCCCCCUCACCACAUGCCGCCCAGCAUGUACCCGCUCUACUCUACUGCAAAAGAGCCAGGCAAAGAACACAGAGUGAUAGCUCCUACUUAUGUGCCUUCUGUCGAGGUUUACGAUGAGCGAAAAGGGCCAAUUCAAAUUGCCUCCCAAGCUCGAGAUAAUAAAAAUGACAAGAGUAGGGAGAGGGACUCGCACAGAUCAGCCCUGCAGGUGGGAAAUGAGAGAACACAUAUGGACCAUGGUCGGUCCUCCGUUAGGAGCGAGUCUCCCCCUCAUGGGGACUUUAAGAAAGACAUUUUACGAGAGGAAGGUUCGAUAAUUAGGUUGAAUGGUUUGGCCAUGAAAAAGCCCUUGCAUUUGGAAAUGUGCACAAAUAAAUCUGGAAACAGCCCAGAUGCCAGGGACUUAUCCAACACUACAUCAAAACACAUGAUCAAAAUAGGACUCGAGACUGAAUCUCGCAGCCAAGAGUGGGACAGGGCUCAAAGGUCUGCCCAUCCGUUUUCUGGAAUGGAUCCAGCUACGCGUCACUCGGAACAGCAUCCGUUGAAGGCCUUGGGUUCUGCUGAACCCAAAUGGAAGCCUUUCGAGAUGGGCAAUUAUGCUACCAGUCACAUUGCCGCAUUAGCGGCCCAACACACCCAUGGCCCCCGAGGUGAAGAAGAGGGCAAGCGAAUGUACCUAGACACUACUGGCUUACAUAGAAGCAGUGGCGGAAGUCCCAAGGGGCAUGGGGAGGUUUCGGCCAUGCAGAGCCUCAUCAAAUACAGUGGCAACUUCUCCAGCGAGUCUGGCUCCAGGCACGGAUCUGAUAGCUGUAGUCCUUUUGGAGGACUGGGCAGCAUGAAACUGGAGGCUGGUUAUCCCGGCGUGUCUAGAGUUCAGCACCUUCCACCCCAGCAGUCUGGAAAGCAGUUGAAGAAGGAACCCGAGAGACCUGAGAGUGCUAAGUCCUUUGGCAGAGAAGGAAACUCUUCUCAGGGGGAAGCGGAGGUUCGUCAUCCACCGGUAGGCAUUGCGGUGGCUGUUGCCCGCCAGAGGGACAACAGCAGCAAGCCCAGCACGGUAUCGGACAGGGACAGGCCAAUUCUUGGAGGCACCAUCAAAGGCCCAAUCCACACAGAGGAAGAGCAAGGAGACGAGAGGACGCAUCACGGCGACGAGCGCCUGCUGUCGGGACGUGUGGAGCGCGAGCAUGAGAAAGUGUUAAGAGAGAAUAAGGAGUUGGCAGACUACACCCAGUUACAUCCACCUAUGGUGUCUGCUAGUGGACUGAACCCCAACCUGAUGGUAACUGGUGGACCCACUCUGGCUGGUGCUGGCCGCUGGCCUGCUGACCCCGCCUCCCACCUGGCCUCCCACACAUGGCUGCCCCGGCCAGGAGCCCCCUCCAUGUGGCUGUCUGGUUCUCCAUAUGGUCUGGGUCCCCCUUCCCUUCAUCAGGCGCUGCCUCCAGGAUAUCCUCCUGCCUUGACAGGCUCCAUCCCACCACCUUACCAGUUUGCCCGAGAUCCUCAAACCGGGCAGGUGGUCGUUAUUCCGACAGAGCAUCUGCCACACUACGCUGAGAUGUUAGAGCGAGGUCCCCCGCUGUGGUCGGCCAUGUACCCGCCAGCAGGAAGCUCUCUGCAGCAUGCCCAUCAGCUCCAGCUCCUCUCCCACCAACAGCUCCUCCGCCAACAGGAGCUCUACAUGAUCCAGCACCAGACCGCACAGGUCAUGGAGCUGCAAAGGAAUGCACAGUUAGUGGAGAGAUUAAAUGCAAAUCAAACAAGGACAGAUUUGGAGGGAAAGCCAGACAAGAGAGGAGCCGAAGGGGCCAAAUCCAGUCUCUCAGGCAUCCCCACUCCAGCCCUGCACUCACGCAAGCCUCCCCCACGCUCCCCUACCCCCUCCACCUCGUACAGCAAAGCCCUGACGCCGCUGGCUGUCCCGCCGCUGCCUUCACCCGUCACUGCACUGAAGUCUGAGGAGAGACCCAAAGUGGAGAAGUCCUUCCCUCAACAGCCCUACUCCCAUCCGUCGUCUCCUGUCCCUCACUCAGUCAGCCCUGCAUUGGUAUCACCCCCUCCUACCUCCCCCAUCCAGACCAAAGAGGAAUCUGUGGAAGUGCCUGAGAAAGAACCACUCAGUCUACAGAAGCAACCUUCUACUCCCUUCCCAUCCAUGUACCGUGAAAUUCCUCCCGGCUACCCGUAUCAAUCGAUAACAGCACCUUUCGGCAGCCAUUACCCCUACCUCCUCCAGCCGGCUGCUGCUGCAGAUGCUGACGGCCUGGCUCCAGAUGUGCCGUUGCCGGCUGAGACCUCCGAGCACUUGGUAACCGCCACAGAUGUCAAACCCCAGCACUUGUGUUCUCCAGUGGUUGUCGAGCCACUUCAGCCAUCCAGAGGGCCAGAGUCCAUGGAAGAGGUGUUCAAAAAAGAGCCAAACCUGGAAGACAGCAAAGAGGUCCUGAGCCAGGACAGCCUGAGGCGUGCACCCAUCACCACUCAAGACUCUAGCACCCCCACAGAGGCAGAGGCACACCCUAGACACACAGCCACACCAUCGCCAGAGGAGGAAUCAGAUGAGGAAGAUGGGGAGGCUGUCAAAAUCAAAGCUGCCACCUCAAGCCAUCCAGGGCUGUACGAAACAUUUAGGCCGGACUCUGAGAGAACCACCAGAGUAGAAACUGCAGAGGGCUUAAUGGGUCUGGUAGACCAAGUCUACAAAUCAUCAUCUAAUUACAGUGACACACACCAUGUAGUUUGUGACAUCCAACCAGCAAAACCGCCCUCAGAUCUCUCUGAUAGCCUGAACCCAGUAGACCUCAGAGAUCCUGUCUCGGACGCUCCACACCUAGAGUCCAAACUUGACAAUCCUUUCCUGCCUAACAGCAGCCCUCCUUACCUUCAGCCCUCUUCCGCACCGGUGGCCAUCCUGCCUGAAGACCCCAUGGCAGGCAUGUUCGCCCUGGUCACAGCCAGUGAGCUUCCGCAGGCCGGAGCAGUGUCCAUCCUGGCAGAUGCAUGUGGCUCUAGGUCUGAGCUCUGCGCGGUUGUCAGUCCCCUGGAGUCCACUGCUCUGGAAGGCAUGGCCCUGCUCAGCCAAAUGGCAGAGCUGGAGAUGCAGAGGCAGCCCAUAGAUGACACACAAGCUGUAAUGCUCUGUGGACUGGAGAGUCUGUUGGAAGCUGGCAGGCAGGUCCUCCUGGAGGCCAUUGAGUGUCAACCUCAGGUUAUCAUUCGCCUCCCCCGAGAGCUCAACCCUAAUAAGAAAUACAGCUGGAGACAAAAGAAAGAUGAACCUAUGUUCUCCAAAUCCUCUCUGGAGGGAAUGGACACCGUGGAAGUGGACUACCGUGUGAGACUCGCUGAACUACAGCAAUGCUACAAAGAAAAGCAACGAGAGCUGGUCAAACUGCAGAGAUGGAGAGACAAAGAAGAGAAAUAUCAGCAACAUCAUCAGCAGCAACAACAACAGAUUCAGCAGCAGGAAAGGAACAGAAGUUUAGCCCGCAGGGGACCGGGACGUCCCCGAAAAAGGAAACAUGGCCUAUGCGCACUGUCUCCACCCUCAAGCAAGCUGGAUUCGAAGUGUGCGAAGUUGGGCAGAAACGUGCUUUACUCAGAGGACUCUGAGAGCGGGGAGGUGCUGAGGAAGCGCUUUCGAGCCUCUAACCGAGAUGAGGAGGAAGAGAGUGCAUUGAGAUUGAAGAAGAAGAAAAAGAGCUGGAGUGAGCAGGAGGCAUCUUCAAGCUUCUCUCAUGAGGCACCUAAAAUGGCUGUGAAGAAGAGCCGAGUGAGCGAGCAGGAGCAGUUGGCAUCCAAACUUGACAAGGCCUUGUCCCUCACUGAGCUCAGUAAACUCAGCAAGCCCUCUUGUAAGUUCAGAGACGGUUCCUCAGGGAAGUCCAGGGCUAGUUCUGGAAGCAGAGUCCCCAUGCUCACCAAUAUAGACAUGAGAGACAAGAUGGGAAAAUCCAGCCUAUCAAAAGAUCUCAGUAUCUUUCACAAGUUUUCCAAAGGAGGUAAAAGCAAAAUGGCUGCCAAAACGAAGCCUUCAGAUCCAUGCCUUAAGGGAAAAGGCCAGCGGAGAGCACCUUAUUCUCCAGUGAGGUCAGAAAUCAGCAGCUACUCUAAUAACACAGAUUCAGAAGAGGACAAUUCACUGAAGGAUGGCUGGCCUCCUAUCUCCAUGUUGGGGAGAACAGGGUCACGUCCACAGCUCCUCGGCCUGUGCAGCACUCCAUCCAAGAAAAAGCGCUCAUUGUCCAAGAGAGCCUCUUCAUCACUCAAGUCCAAGCAGGCGGCCAAAGAGAGGAAACAUAAGCACUUUGCUUUAUUGCUACAGGAGGCAGGAGUCAGCUCCUCUGAGGACUCAUUUGAUCAAGAGUAUUUUACCGAGCGGAAUGAUUAUGAUGAUGAUGACGACGAGGAUGAAGAUGGGUAUGAUUACGAGCUUGAUGAAAGCGACGGCCUGUGUUCAUCUUCCGUAGAAGAGAGCGGGCUGGGUCUUCUGGCCCGUUUCGCCGCCAGCGCUAUCCCGAGCCCCGUUGUCACCAGUCCGCUCUCGGUUGUCCAACUGGAGGCUAAACAGAAAGCCAAGAAGAAAGAGGAACGGCAGAGCCUUCUGGGUAAGGAAGUGCUCUUUCUGAAUGGAUUGCUCCAGAAGAAGAGGAUUAAGGAGACCCCCCUGUGUCUGCCCCCACCCCAGCUCUCCAGUACACCCUCGGACAGCACCGGAGCUCUCCCUGUCAGCCCAGGGCGCAAGAGCAAGGUGAAGCCCAAAGCCAGAGAGGAAUUGGGGCAAAAUGUGCUUGAAUUCCCCCAGCAGGCUCGAGGGAAGGGCGGUGCUGUCAGCAAACUGAUGGAAAGUAUGGCUGCUGAUGAGGACUUUGAGCCCAACCAGGACAGCAGCUUCUCCGAGGAUGAGAAUCCCCCUGUGAGCGCUCAGCCAGAAAGACCCUGCACUCCCGCCCCUCGGAACUGUGUCAUUAACAAAGAUGAACUGCAGGAUGGGUUACGGGUCCUCAUCCCUAUGGAUGACAAACUCCUGUACGCCGGCCACGUCAGCACGGUUCACUCUCCUGACAUAUACAGCGUGGUGGUGGAGGGCGAGAGGGGGAACAGGCCACAUAUCUACUGCCUGGAGCAGCUGCUACAGGAGGCGAUUAUUGAUGUGAAACCCCCCUCCAUUAGAUACCUUCCCCAGGGGACCCGGAUUGCAGCCUACUGGAGCCAGCAGUACCGUUGCCUCUACCCUGGCACGGUCGUCAGAGGGAGCCCAGACAUGGAAGACGUGGACGAUUUGAUUACAGUGGAGUUUGACGAUGGAGACACUGGCCGAAUCCCGCUCUCUCAUAUUAGGCUGCUGCCAGCGGACUACAAGAUUCAGUGUGCAGAACCAUCCCCUGCUCUCCUCGUGGCCAGCACUAAAAGGCGAGGAAGGAAGUGCAGUAAGGAUGUACCUGAUGGCAAAGAGACACCACCCAAAAACACAGAGGAGUCUACUCCGAAAAGCAGGGGCAGAGGAAGAAAACCCAAACCCAAGCCUGAGCCUGAAGUCGCUCCAAAGGAGCAUGAAAAGCCUGACACACCAACCCCAACGCAGGUCCUCGAGAGGCCCCUGUCCGACCAGAAAAGCGGCCCACGGCCAGGUAGAAAAAUUAAGCAAGUCAGCAAAGCCAGCCCCUCCAUCCCUGUAUCUAAUGAAAGCCAGAAGAAAACCACAGGAAUCAAGCCCCCAACCAAAGUCCGUUCCCAGCCCCAGUCUGUCUACUCGCCGCCGCUCUAUGGAAAAGUUCUGUCUGUGGAUCUCUAUAAUGAGCCCUCCACUUCUCUGGCCUCCUUUAUUUCCAACAAUGAGACUGCGAGUCCUGCGGGGAAAGGAAAGCCGGUCAAACGCUUGAGAAAGCCUGAGGAGGAGGCAUCUGGGUUUGGUGUGAAGACGCAACGCAAGCAACCUCAGACUGAGAUCCUUAUCAAACUGGACCAUGAGGGAGUAAUGUCACCCAAAACCAAGAAGACCAAAGCCCUCAUGAUGAUGGAGGGCCAAAACCUCACCAAAAGAGAGAAUAAGUCUGUCAUGGGUGUCAGCUACACUACGAUAUCCACUGCUGACAAAACACUGAAAGCUAAAAACAAGGCAGUUAAGGCAGACCCGCCUACUACCGAUAGCGUGUCCACCUACAGUGUUCGUAAGCUUUGCAGUGGCAGCGAGGGUCUGAUGAAGGUGAGCAACUCAGGGGAGAAGGACAAGAAAGAACUGGAGUGUCCCAACUGCAGUAGCAGCAGCAGCAGCUCGGAGUCCGACGGAGAAGAGGAGCGAGGAGCCUCGCAGGAAAAGAAGCCCAAACAAGACUCGACCAGCUCCAGCAGCUCGCGGGCAUCAAGUCCCACCUCUUCCAGCUCAUCCACAAGCAGUUCCUCAUCCUCAGCUGAUUCUCACUCCUCCUCAUCAUCAUCAUCAUCCUCCACCACCAGCGAUGAAGAAUCCUCCUGUAGCUCAGAUGAAGAACCGGUUGCUGUUUCUCAACCAUCCCCAGCCGCAGAACAUGUACCACCUCAAGAGGAGGAAGACGAGAAGGCCAAAUCAAAAAUGGGGCCUGCUGCCAACAUUCAUAAGCUCCAGAAGCAGCAGGCAUCUGGCACACAGCAGCAGAAGCCCCAGAGACAGCAGAAGGUGAAGCAGGGUGUCGGUCGCCCCAAAAGACGAGAGGGAAUCCACCUCCCAACAACUAAGGAGCUGGCAAAAAGACAGAGGCUUCCCUCUGUCGAGAACAGGCCCAAGAUCUCUGCUUUCCUUCAUGCCAGACAGCUGUGGAAGUGGUUUGGAAAGCCUACUCAGAGGCGGGGAAUGAAAGGGAAGGCAAAGAAGCUUUUCUACAAAGCCAUAAUGCGUGGGAAGGAAAUGAUCCGUAUUGGAGACUGUGCUGUGUUCCUGUCUGCUGGACGACCCAACCUCCCCUUCAUUGGACACAUCCAGAGCAUGUGGGAGUCCUGGGGAAACAACAUGGUGGUCCGUGUCAAAUGGUUCUAUCAUCCUGAGGAAACCAACCCUGGAAAGAAACUUCAUGACAAAAAGAACUGGGAUCAAAUGUCUGGCCAAAGUCUUCCUGCUGUUCUGCAGGCUUCCAGCCAGAGAAAAGACUUCAUGGAGCGGGCCUUGUACCAGUCCUCUCACAUUGAUGAGAAUGACGUCCAGACCAUUUCUCAUAAAUGUCUGGUGGUCAGCCUUGAGCAAUAUGAGCAGAUGGUUAAAACUAAGAAGUACCAAGACAGUGAAGACCUCUACUACCUGGCCGGCACUUAUGAACCCACUACGGGAAUGAUAUUUAACACGGAUGGGGUUCCUGUAAUCUGCUGAGGAUCAACAAAUAAAGGCAAAUAAAGGCGCGUGGAACCAAACGAAUGAGAUACAAGGGCUAGACAGAUGUGUUGGCUUUAACCAAAGCCCAACUAAUCAGACGAGUUCAGAAAACGUCCUGACAAAGACACAAGCAUCCGUUGCGAUCAGAGACUACUUCAACAGAUGUCAUGUGUGCACAUCAUUUCAAACACGAUGGUUGACGGUAUUGUAAAAUUGCGCUAGAGUCGAAGUUCAACGCAAGUGUUUGGUCUGUUAAUGGGGCACCUUGCUUCAUGAUUGUGGUGGACAAAUGACGUUCAGGAAUCUCCAGUUGAAGAGUAAAAUGUGUCAAAGAAAGUGAAAGCAUGUCAAAAAUGUCUUGAAGGUCAACUGCAUCUGCACUGCUGAGCCCUGUUUGCCUCAGCCAUCACCGGUGCGGCUGGAAUGGAGGUGACACCACUUCUGCAGGACUCGGAGUAAUUCUCCGGGUGAGAAGGCCUGCUUGGAACCAGCUUCCUUGGCCGUGGGACCAACAACUGAAAGAGUAAUUAAAGCUGACCGGCCAUGUCACACUUCUGCCCAGAGAGUCGUCCCCACCACGUGCUCCGCUGUCCAGUUACUACUGGUAGAUCCCUGACAGAACUUCAAGGGCUGGCUAAUGAACCCAGACGGGUAAAACGAUAGCAGACCUAAAGCUGCGGCUCAUGUGAGAAGCACUUAAAAGAAAGGACAGAACUGUGGUCUGCCAGCCCGCAAGGACUGUUUAUUAAUAGGAAAGUUUGAGUCACUUUUCCACCGAGUGGCCCAGAAGAUCUGUCAGAAUAUUUAUAUACGAUCCUCGCCCCUCAGCCACGGUGGCAGAAAGGUUUCUUUUUACGAGUCAAGGGCUCUACUGGGACGGAAAGAGAUGUAGAUGACGCCCGUUUGUAAAUACAUGCAUACAAGCUAUAUACGAUAUGGACAAAUAUAUUUUAUUUUCGUGCACCAUAGAUUUAUGUGACAGUAAUUUUU